UUUGUUAACGAAAGUACCCAGCACAGCCAUGUCCCGUUUUAGUGAUCAAUGUAUUGGCCGAUUACAGCGUGUAUGACAACACGUAAAGCCUGCGCCGAAGUCACACUGUUGACUGACACAUUUUACAGCAGUCGUACGCUUGAAACUGAGUCUUCUGAAUCGGUAAGAUGCUAAUGUUUACUACUCGAAGCGUCCGUACACUGGCUCGAGUAUCACUCUUGUUUGGAUGCUAACGCCAGCCAGGCGGCUUUCAAGCAGAGGUUCUGACACCAUGCUAGCCACAGUGACGGCUGUGGUUAGGUUUGCUCAGUACAAUGGCACCGUUUCACCGACACCACUGGAGAACACUUCAGCAUUCCCAACUUGGCAACCUGAUACUGAAGCCAACAUCACCAGGCCUCACAAAUGUCUGCAAGUUCUGUAUGAGGACAUUGGAGACUCCAGGGUGCGGUUCUGGGAUAUUUUACUGCUCGUGCCUAACGUCGCCUUCUUUGUGUUCCUGAUGUGGAAGCUGCCAUCAGCAAGGGCAAAGAUUCGACUCACCUCCAGCCCCAUCUUCGUCACCUUUUACUUGCUGGUUUUUGUUGUAGCAGCAGUUGGAAUCACCAGGGCUAUAGUGUCCAUGACCGUCAGCGCAUCCAGUGCUGCCACCAUUGUAGACAAAGUGCUGUGGGAAAUCACCCGGUUCUUCUUGCUGGCUAUUGAGCUCAGUGUCGUGAUCUUGGGACUGGCUUUUGGCCAUCUGGAGAGCAAGUCCAGUAUAAAGCGUGUGUUGGCUAUCACUGCUGUGUUGGCUCUGGGAUACUCCAUCACACAGGGAACGCUAGAGAUACUAUAUCCGGACAGUCACCUGUCUGCUGAGGACUUCAAUAUCUAUGGUCAUGGAGGACGACACUUCUGGUUGGCCAGCUCCUGCUUUUUCUUCCUGGUGUACUCCUUGAUUGUGAUCUUGCCUAAAACUCCAGUGAGGGAGAGGAUAUCUCUGCCAUCUAAGAGGAGUUUCUAUGUGUAUGCUGCCAUCCUGUCUUUACUGAACCUCGUCCAGGGCCUGGGCAGUGCUCUGCUGUGUGCAGGAAUCAUAGAGGGACUCUGCUGUGUGGAUGUCACCACCUUCCUGUAUUUCUCCGCCUUUGCUCCGCUCAUUUAUGUCACAUUCCUCAAAGGCUUCUUUGGCUCAGAGCCCAAGAUCCUGUUCUCCUACAAGUCACAGGUGGAUGAGCCGGAUGAAAGUGACGUCCACCUUCCCCCAACAGUCGCUGGAACCCUGAACCGUAAGGAGCUGACUGACCAGGGCCUGUUCUACUCCUCCACCCAGAUUGACAGCUCUGGCCCCAGCAGCUCCCGUAUGGUUGGAGCGCAUCUGGAUGACGUUGCCUCCGGACCCUAUGGGUCCAGCAGCAUUAACAGCAUUAACAGCAUUGAAGCUGACCGCUGGAGACCUAUCAACGUGUGAAAGGGUGAAGAGGAGAAUGGAGGAGGAUAGAUGGUUGUACAGCUGGACUUACAUUGUUGUGCAUGUGCAGUGUUUUAGGCAGGAUGGCGGUCAGAGAAGUUGGCCAAAGAAAAGCAGAACAAAGCAGCUGGACACCAAGGAAUGGUAUUCUUGGUCUUGCUUUGAGGCCAAAAUAAGUUAACAAGUGAACGCUUGAGGAAGACCUUUGCUAGCCUAUUUCUGGAGGACUGUGUGUUUAGCAUCUGCUUUUGUAACACUGCUGCCAGAGUGCACUGCUGCUGUAGCUCCACAUUAGGAGUACUGCCCCUUAUUGUGGCCCCAACAGACUUGAUAUUGAUUCUGUUCCACAGGCUCUUGGGAAUGGGAGCUUACUGACUCGUCCCAGCACAUUUUCUGUCAUUCCAGCAUUAAAAAUCAACUGCUCAAUCCUGAUUGAUGAUGUUUUAACCCCAUUUUAAGUACAUAAGUCUGCAAAAUCAAUUUAACAUUGUUUUGAUGGCAACUCUGCAUCUGUACAUUCCUACUAAAGGCUUACAUUGACGGCAACUCAACUAGCUCUGUGUUUAGCUGCCUUGUUUUAGAUUUGUGACUGAACUGGCUGAUCAGUUUGUACUGGUGACUGUGCUUCUCUGAGCACGGCAAGGACUUAAUUUUGAUAUAUGUACUUUGUCCUCUGAAAUAGGUGCUGUCCCUGCUGUUAACGAGUGAACAGUGUUAACGUGAUGUGUGUCACUGCAAUAUAAUAAGGAAAUCCGUAAAUACAGGCAUUGCAUUAUUAUUCAAGGUCAGAAACCAUCUUUAAGAGUGUCUGCUAGGGUUAGCUAAGAUACAAGCAAUUCUUUAAAAAUUGAAACAGCCUCUCACCCAUAAGCUCUCUUUCUCUUUUCCUUUUAAUUUAUUUUCUGCUUUAGUUUUCAUUUCUCACACCAGGUGAAUUGUUCCUGCCACUGAAAGCACAUUUGCUAACUCCAUAGUGAUUAAAGGAAAUUAUUUUAUGUGAUCUGAAUGACAACUUUGUAAAAUCUUUUUUGUGCAUUCCAGUUCGAACAUUCUUAAAUUUCAUUACGGCAUAUUUCAUUCAGUUUUGCAGAUUUUUUUUUUUCCUGUAUUCAAAUGUUUUUAAAAGUGGUAAAUUAGAUCUUUUUUUUUUUUUUUUUACUUCUUGGUUUAUCUUAUGUACUUGUUAUUCGUCUUGAUAUUACUACAACAUAAGUCUAUUUCAACCUGAUCAUAUCACAUCUGUUUCUAUCUACCAAGAAUAUAUAAUGUAUUAGUUCCUCCGAAAAUUAAAUGAAUGGAUCACUGUAUUUAAGCUAGCAGUAUUCAUAGGAGGUAGUGACCUGUAUGCAGAAGAUCUAGGGUUACAAUUAUUUGUUUCAUAUUUACAAAGCAACAGAACAGUGAAGAAGUUGUGUGUUUCCAAGAAUUUAUAGAAUUUGCCCCCACUUUAAGAUGUUUUAUAUUCAAAUUUGGGUGCUGGUGAAUGUUGUUGUGUUACUCUGGAGUUAGGCUGGUAAAUCAUCUUGUUGUCUCAUGACAUGAAUUCACUAAGUGUAUCGCUGUGGAAUUCAGAAGUUCACCUUUGAUGGGGAAGUUAUUUUGCAAAUGAUGGUUGAAUUGCCUUUUUAUUUAAGUGCAUUGAUUGUACAGUAUUCAGCUCAUAUUAAUGCAAUGUGUUGAGCAUUCCAUGAACUACAGAAUAAACAGUGGACUCUUUUA